CUCCUCUCUCUCUUUCUCUCUCUCUCUCUCUCUCCCCCUCGAACUCUCGGCUGCCCGCGGCUCCCUCGCGAUCUCUCUCUCGGGUGGACUCCGCCGGGCGAUGCGAGCUCUGAGAGACAGCGACGCCGCCUCCUGCUAGAGACCUGCCCCCGGCUCGGCCCCCUGCCCAGCCCUGCCCAGCUCGCUGGGUCGGCGAAGGCGCCGCGGACGCACCGACGGCUGAGGAGCGGCGAUGCACAUGCACUAGCAGCACCCCCUAACUCACUCCCUCCACACCCCGCGCCGCCGCCGCCUCCUCCUCCGGCAGCAGCGGCCGAGGACCCACCCUGCCCCCCACCCCACCCUCCGGCUCCGGCUGCGGCUCCUGCCUCGACUAUUAUUUUAUUUAUUUGGGGUUGUGCACAAGCCUCGGUGCCUGCAGCCCGCGCCUCCUCGGACCGUGGACGCCUCCUCCCUCGGCUCCGGAGCCCCAGAUCUCAGCCACCUCGACACCCCCAGAGCCCCGCCAGCUGCCGCGAGUCUUCGCUGCUGGAAUCUUGUUAGCUGCCGGGUUUUUUUUGGGGGGGUCGGUUUCCUGAAAUUUUUGUUUCCAACCAAGGGGAGGAUAUCGUGAUUUUUUCCCCCUCUGAGCCCAGGCUCUGCUCUCUGGGGGGGUGGGGGGCGCGCCGAACCGGGGAGCCGUGCCAGCCGAGUCGUGCGGGCUGUGGCAGGGAAGGGGCCACCAUGGGAUGUACUCUGAGCGCAGAGGAGAGAGCCGCCCUCGAGCGGAGCAAGGCGAUUGAGAAAAACCUCAAAGAGGAUGGCAUCAGCGCCGCCAAAGACGUGAAAUUACUCCUGCUGGGGGCUGGAGAAUCAGGAAAAAGCACCAUUGUGAAGCAGAUGAAGAUCAUCCACGAAGAUGGCUUCUCUGGCGAAGACGUGAAACAGUACAAGCCUGUGGUCUACAGCAACACCAUCCAGUCCCUGGCAGCCAUUGUCCGGGCCAUGGACACUUUGGGCAUCGAAUAUGGUGACAAGGAGAGAAAGGCAGACGCCAAGAUGGUGUGCGACGUGGUGAGCCGCAUGGAAGACACGGAGCCCUUCUCCGCGGAGCUGCUGUCGGCCAUGACGCGACUCUGGGGCGACGCGGGCAUCCAGGAAUGCUUCAACCGGUCUCGGGAGUAUCAGCUCAACGACUCUGCCAAAUACUACCUGGACAGCCUGGAUCGGAUCGGGGCCGCCGACUACCAGCCCACCGAGCAGGACAUCCUCCGAACCAGGGUCAAGACCACCGGCAUCGUAGAAACCCACUUCACAUUCAAGAACCUCCACUUCAGGCUGUUCGACGUUGGGGGCCAGCGAUCGGAACGCAAGAAGUGGAUCCACUGCUUCGAGGACGUCACGGCCAUCAUCUUCUGCGUCGCUCUCAGCGGCUAUGACCAGGUGCUCCACGAAGACGAGACCACGAACCGCAUGCACGAGUCCCUGAAGCUCUUCGACAGCAUCUGCAACAACAAGUGGUUCACAGACACGUCCAUCAUCCUGUUUCUUAACAAGAAAGACAUAUUUGAAGAGAAGAUCAAGAAGUCUCCACUCACCAUCUGCUUUCCGGAAUACACAGGCCCCAAUACCUAUGAAGAUGCAGCCGCCUACAUCCAAGCACAAUUUGAAAGCAAAAACCGCUCACCCAACAAAGAAAUUUAUUGUCACAUGACUUGUGCCACAGACACGAAUAAUAUCCAGGUGGUAUUCGACGCCGUCACCGACAUCAUCAUUGCCAACAACCUCCGGGGCUGCGGCUUGUACUGACCUCUUGUCCUGUAUAGCAACCUAUUUGGUAAUGAUUCCAGCACUCAGAAAAGCUUGCACACACACACACACACACACACACACACACCACUAGCAGAUGCAAGUUGGUAAAUAACAAAACCUUAUAUAUAUACAGAUAUAUAUUAAAAGAUUCUUUUUAGUUUGUACUAGAAAGAGCUUUGGACAGAACUGACCACCCCACGCCAUCAGUUCCCGGCACGCACCUGCGUGCCCGCUCUCAGGGUGGCGGUCCUGCCGCGGGGCCCAUCCCUCUAUGAACAGCCACGUGAUUUUACCCCCAGACCCAUUCUGUGAGCAGAGGGCGGGCAAAGGCCGGCCGGCCUCGCCCGCCUGCCUCUCUGCUUCCACCCGCUGAGGCCGUGUGCUCUCAGUUCUGUCCUGCUCUGCGGAUUCCGAAACCCUUUACCAAAUAGCCGACACCGCCCUCAGCGUCUCCCUGCCCUAACACCCCCGGCAGAAGGAUCGAGUCACCUCUCCCCUGGGUGGUGGUGGUGGCGGUUGUUAACGGAAAGAAUCUAGAAGAAUCAUGGCUCCGACCGACCCAUUGUCUCCUGAGUUUUCUUUGUUCAUGUUGACAGGCAAGAGUCAGAGGCAAGGGAGACUGGGCCGCUUGCCAGAAGCAGCUGGAGGGCGGGGGGCGGACAAGCAGAGGCACCUGCCCCCUCCAGGAGGGCGCAGAGGGCCGCGCGACCGUGGAGCUGACCGGGGCCAGGGUCCUGGGGUGAGGCCUCCGGGCUGGGGUGGGGUCCUGUGGGUUCAGACCCCCCCGGAGGUGCGGCCCCUCACCCUACCCCACAUCACUCAAGUGUGCGGGGGUUUUUGGUUGGUUGUGGUUUUGAAAAUCAAGGAAAAUGGUCAGACCAGACCCCUUAUCUCUCUCUCUACAGACUGCUUCACGGACUCUUUGCUGUUGACGUUGCUCUCCCGGUAGCAUGACCUUUGGGCCUUUGUAAGACACACAGCCUUUCUGUACCGAGCCCCUGUCUCCCCUCCGGCCCCAGAGUGACUGACGGCUGUGUAUUUCUGUAGAAUGCUGUAGAAUCCGGUUUUAGUUGAGUCUUUACAUUUAGAGUUUGAAAGGAAAAAUUAUUUCUCAUGUGCUUUGUAGCUUAAAAAAAAAUUUGAGGAAAAAGGAAAACUCACCAUUUCAUCUUUUUUUUUUGAAAUAAAGAAACGCGCACACCCCUAUCCCACCUGAGUGCAGAGGGGCGGCCGGCCGCCAGACGUCCUGUUCCCGGGAGGCCCCGCCUGUCUGCACCCGGCCCCACCCCGGCCCCCCAGGGCCCCUUCAGCCACACGCUCACUCCAGGUUUGUCUAGAAAAAGCACAGCUCUCACCGGCCAGUCGCUGCCCCCCGAAUUCCAGCAUAUAGAGCUAGAGCCUUGCAGAAAAGAAUUUCCCCACGACUCCCUUAAUUAAGGGUUUUCUGUUCUAUUUUCUUGUUUCACUUCUGUCCCCUGGGCCUGUGUGUCCCAGGCCAGGUCGGCGUCCAGGUGUCCGGGCCACGGGCUGUGGCUCCUGCACCCCUCCUCACUCCCCGUCUCGGGUGGACCCCCGUGUGCACCCCUCCACCUUUUCCUUUGUUCCAGUGACCUGUGUCCGCUCUUUCUCACAUGGGGAUGUUUGUGCUGCAGAUAAAAAGAACAAAAAAAAAAUUUUAAAUACCACCAGAUGGAAAACAAAAAAAAAUGUUAAAAAAGAUGGAAUGUAGUGUUUACAUGAAAGCCGACUUUCACGGUCAGUCCUGUGUCCUUUCUACUCUGACUCGUCUCCAAACCCCAACCCCCUUCACGGUUUCACUUUUAGGACUUAAUAUUUGCUGGAGAAUACCAGUCACAGCCAUUUCAGAUAAAGAGGAGGCAAAAAGACAAAAUACACAAAAAAUUUAAAAUACAGAAAAAAAAAACUUGAAAAAAAGGAAAAAAAAAACAUAAAAAAAGCCCACGGGUCUUUCUAAGCCUUUCUAUUCCCAAUCGGUGAGGUUUCUGUGGUAUCUUACACACUGCCAGUCUACUUCUCUAAUGGAAAUUCAUGUGUAGCUCAAUAAAGAGAAUGUUUGUCUGUA